AUGAAAAGCCUCAAACGAGGCCUUACCGCCGACCCAAAUGCCCGUAAUAUCUCCAGCAAGGUCUUUAUUCGGUCCACCAAAAGCGGCCGAGUCCAGAAAGUCGUGAAAGAACAGUACCUGAGGAAAGAUAUACCCUGUUCGUCGCAACUGUGCACGGCUUGUGCUUCCACUGUUGCGCCAGAUGCAAAUGGAGUUGUCCCCAAAUUCGUUCUGUCAAAACUGCCAACCCGCACCAAAACAUUUCCCAACGGCCACUAUCUCAUCCCCGACACCAAUGUCUUGCUUAGUGCAAUGGAUCUCUUCGAAGAGCCUGCCCACUUCCGCGAUGUUAUCAUAUUGCAGACAGUUCUUGAAGAGUUGAAGAAUCGGAGCCUCCCUCUCUACAACAGAUUGAUGGCAAUAACCCAAAGCGACGACAAGCGUUUCUAUCUCUUCUCCAACGAGUUCCGCCUUGAGACCGCAGUACGACGAGCAGGCGGUGAGUCAAUUAACGACAGAAACGAUCGCUCAGUCAGAACAGCAGCGCAAUGGUACACCGAUCAUCUAUCGCAAGCGACAAAGAAACCUCCUACAAUCGUGGUGUUGACCAAUGAUAUGGAUAAUAGGAAAAAGGCACAAAGAGAAAACGUGCGAGCUUUGUCACUAUGGGGAUAUGUGGAGGGGUUGGAUGAUGCCGAUAGAUUACUCGACAUGGUGAGCCACGGUGCUGAGGCUCAAGAAGUCCGCGCCGCGCAAGGGCAGCUCUUCUAUCCAGAAUAUUACUCCAUGUCAAGGAUGAUGACAGGGAUCAAGGCGGGAAUACUGCAUCAAGGUGUUUUCAAUGUUUCCCCCUACAACUACUUGGAGGGGACAGUCAAGGUCUCUGCGUUUGACAAGCCACUCCUAGUCCUUGGAAGAGAGAGCAGCAAUCGAUCUAUAUCUGGAGAUGUCGUUGUUGUGGAGAUUCUGCCCAAAGACCAGUGGAAAGUUCCUUCGACGCAGAUCCUCGACGAGGAAACCAUCAACAAGAACGACAACCCGGAAGACGAGGAACAAGAGGAGACCGUGGUCACAGAGAAUGAGAGACGGGCACUCCAGGAGGAGGUUCGACGUGCACACAUUGCCGGUGCUGAGUCAAAGGCCCAGCCAACCUGCAAAGUAGUCGGAGUCAUGAAGCGAAACUGGAGACAACUUGUUGGAACAAUUGACGCCACCUCCUGGAGCACGUCUGGAAACAGACAGGCCACAGUCUUCUUGGUUCCAAUGGACAAGCGCAUCCCAAAGAUUCGAGUUCGAACACGUCAGGUCGAUGAGUUGAUAGGCAAGCGGAUACUUGCGACGAUUGACUCAUGGGAGCGAAAUACCAGAUAUCCAGUUGGCCACUAUAUUCGCUCGCUCGGGGAAUUAGAGACUAAGGAUGCUGAGACUGAAGCGUUGCUCCUCGAAUAUGACGUCCAGUACCGACCAUUUCCAAAGACAGUGUUGGACUGUUUACCUUCGGAGGGUCACUCCUGGAAAGUCCCAGCUGCUUUAUCAGAUCCCGGUUGGAAAGGCAGGCAGGAUCUCCGACAUCUAUUUGUUUGCUCGAUUGAUCCCCCCGGAUGUCAAGAUAUCGACGAUGCCCUGCAUGCAAGAAAACUUUCAAAUGGAAACUUUGAAGUGGGUGUUCAUAUUGCCGAUGUCUCUCACUUCGUCAAACCCAAUAAUGCCAUGGACGACGAAGCAUCCGCUCGGGGUACUACCGUCUACUUGGUCGACAAGAGAAUUGACAUGUUGCCCAUGUUGCUCGGGACCGACCUUUGCUCCCUCAAACCGCAAGUUGAAAGAUAUGCUUUCUCCACUAUAUGGGAGAUUACACCAGAUGCGGAGAUAGUAUCAUCUUCGUUCACUAAAUCUGUUAUUUUGUCCAAGGAAGCUUUCUCAUAUGAGCAAGCCCAAAAGCGCAUUGACGACCCGAGUGCAACGGAUGCGCUCACCCAAGGCAUGCGGACAUUGUUGUCACUCUCUCAAAGGCUACGUCAAAAGCGGAUGGAUGCUGGAGCGCUAAAUUUGUCCAGCCCAGAGGUCAGAAUUGAAGCAGACAGUGAGUCUUCGGAUUCGCUUGCCGACGUGAAGACGAAAGCAAAUUUAGCCACCAACUCACUCGUGGAGGAAUUCAUGCUUCUUGCCAAUAUCACUGUGGCCAGGAAGAUCCAGUCCGUCUUCCCGCAAACUGCUUUGCUGAGACGACAUGCGACACCGCCGGCCUCGAACUUUUCAGACCUUAGUGAGCAGUUGAAGAGAAUGCGCGGUUUCGAACUGGACGUGUCAAGCUCGAAAGCACUUGCAGAAUCGUUGGAUCUUUGUGUAGACCCUCAACAUCCAUUCUUCAACACCUUGAUUCGAAUCAUGGCAACAAGGUGUAUGACAUCGGCCGAAUACUUCUGCAGCGGAUCGCACGCAGAACCAGAGUAUCGCCAUUAUGGUCUUGCUAGUGAGAUCUACACCCAUUUUACAAGUCCCAUUCGCCGAUAUGCGGAUCUGCUCGUCCACCGCCAACUGGCUUGCGCGAUCGGAUAUGAAGGCCAGGGGAGCGAGGUCGUUGACUAUGACCUUCGAAACAAGGGCAAGUUAGAGCGGGUCUGUCAGAAUCUCAACUUCCGGCACCGAAAUGCCCAACUAGCAGGCCGCGCCAGUAUCGAGUAUUAUGUCGGGCAAGCGCUCAAAGCACGGGCCGAGAAAUCUGCAGAUGCUGCUAUUGAUGUUGAUGGGUACGUGAUGCGAGUAUUCGAAAACGGUAUGGUGGUCUUCGUACCGCAGUUUGGCAUUGAAGGACUGGUUCGCCUUGAGGAUUUCCAGUUGAAAUCCGGCGAGGCUCUCAAAAGAGAAAGCAAGUUUGAUGCAGAGGCUUACCGGCUCACAGUCUUUGAGAAAGGCCAUGAACAAGACGAGGUCACACUUGAGCUGUUCCAGCAACUGAAAGUUAGAGUAAGCUCGGAGGAGAAGAGUGGUGCCAGAGAUAAGGGAAAGAGAAGAGUACGAAUCGUGGUCUUGUCUGCCUGA